GCCUCUGCUGCAGGCUAAGCCAUGACUUCAGGAUCUGGGCAUGUGGACUCCAAAGCUGAGCUCACUGCUUUGCUUGAGCAAUGGGAGAAAGAACAUGGCAGUGGGCAAGACAUGGUCCCCAUUCUCACCAGAAUGUCUGAGCUGAUUGAGAAGGAGACUGAAGAGUAUCGCAAAGGGGAUCCGGACCCUUUUGAUGACCGACAUCCAGGUCGAGCAGACCCAGAGUGCAUGCUUGGGCACUUGCUAAGGAUACUUUUCAAGAAUGACGAUUUCAUGAACGCGCUAGUGAAUGCUUAUGUGAUGACAAGCAGAGAGCCUCCACUAAACACUGCUGCCUGCCGACUCCUUCUGGAUAUCAUGCCAGGACUGGAAACUGCUGUUGUCUUUCAGGAAAAGGAAGGCAUAGUUGAAAAUCUCUUUAAAUGGGCGCGCGAGGCUGAUCAGCCCCUGAGGACGUACGCAACAGGGCUCCUGGGAGGAGCUAUGGAAAACCAAGACAUUGCUGCAAAUUACAGGGAUGAGAACUCGCAAUUGGUGGCUUUGGUGCUUCGACGGCUGCGAGAGUUACAGGUUACUGAAAUGACUACAAAACAAGAAAACAAGAGGCCCAGCCCUCGGAAAGUGCCAUCGGAUCCUCUGCUGGCUCUGGAUGAGGAGGCCGUGGAUAUGGAUUACGGGGAGAUGGCAGUAGACGGAGAGCAAGAGGAAGUUGCUGGGGAUAUGGAGAUCUCCUUUCAUCUUGAUUCGAGUCACAAGACCAGUAGCAGAGUAAACUCUGCCACAAAACUAGAUGAUGGGGGCCUGAGAAAAAGCAAGUCAGGGAAGCAGCACGAGAGAGACGGCUUCCGGAAGGCCAAGCAAAAACUGGGCUUCUCCACUUCGGAACCAGAGCGGAUGUUUGUUGAACUAUCCAACAGCAGCUGGUCAGAAAUGUCCCCGUGGGUGAUUGGCACUAAUUAUACACUUUACCCUUUGACUCCUGCCAUAGAGCAGAGACUAAUUCUUCAGUACCUGACUCCCUUAGGGGAGUACCAAGAGCUGCUGCCCAUCUUUAUGCAACUGGGAUCGAGAGAGCUGAUGAUGUACUACAUAGAUCUGAAGCGAACCAAUGAUGUGCUGCUCACUUUUGAAGCCCUUAAGCAUUUGGCAUCGUUGCUGCUGCACAACAAGUUUGCAACGGAGUUUGUCGCUCAUGGAGGGGUGCAAAAACUGCUGGAGAUCCCACGUCCGUCUAUGGCAGCCACGGGAGUCUCCAUGUGUUUAUAUUAUUUGUCCUACAAUCAAGAUGCCAUGGAGAGGGUGUGCAUGCACCCCCACAACGUGCUCUCGGACGUCGUGAACUACACGCUGUGGCUCAUGGAGUGCUCCCACGCCUCGGGCUGCUGCCAUGCUACCAUGUUCUUCUCCAUCUGCUUCUCCUUCCGUGCUGUCCUGGAGCUCUUUGACAGGCAUGAUGGCCUUCGUCGGCUGGUGAAUCUGAUAAGCACGCUCGAGAUCUUAAACCUGGAAGACCAAGGAGCCCUGCUGAGCGACGACGAGAUCUUCGCCAGUCGCCAGACCGGGAAGCACACGUGCAUGGCCCUGCGCAGGUACUUUGAGGCUCACCUGGCCAUCAAACUUGAGCAAGUGAAGCAGUCGCUUCAGCGCACCGAGGGUGGCAUUCUCGUCCACCCGCAGCCCCCCUACAAGGCCUGUUCUUACACUCACGAGCAGAUUGUAGAGAUGAUGGAGUUCCUCAUCGAGUAUGGGCCAGCACAGCUCUACUGGGAGCCCGCCGAGGUCUUCCUCAAGUUGUCCUGUGUGCAGCUCAUGCUUCAGCUCAUUUCAAUAGCGUGCAACUGGAAGACGUACUAUGCAAGGAAUGACACGGUAAGAUACGCUCUGGAUGUACUGGCUAUCCUGACUGUGGUUCCUAAAAUCCAGCUGCAGCUGGCGGAACCUGUGGAUGUAUUAGAUGAAGCUGGAUCUACCGUUUCCACCGUGGGUAUUAGCAUCAUCCUUGGAGUUGCCGAGGGUGAAUUUUUCAUCCACGAUGCGGAGAUUCAGAAAUCAGCCCUUCAGAUCAUCAUCAACUGUGUGUGUGGCCCAGAUAAUCGCAUCUCUAGUAUUGGCAAAUUCAUCUCUGGGACUCCUCGGCGAAAGCUUCCUCAGGCCAAGAGCAGCGAGCACACGCUGGCUAAGAUGUGGAACGUGGUGCAGUCCAACAAUGGCAUCAAAGUGCUGCUGUCUCUGCUGUCCAUCAAGAUGCCCAUCACGGAUGCUGAUCAGAUCCGAGCGCUGGCCUGCAAAGCCUUGGUGGGGCUCUCGCGCAGCAGUACUGUCCGGCAGAUCAUCAGCAAGCUGCCCCUCUUCAGCAGCUGUCAAAUUCAGCAGCUGAUGAAGGAGCCCGUGCUGCAGGACAAGCGCAGCGAGCAUGUCAAGUUCUGCAAAUACGCGGCGGAGCUCAUCGAGCGCGUCUCAGGGAAGCCCUUGCUCAUUGGCACGGAUGUCUCCCUGGCUCGGCUGCAGAAAGCGGAUGUGGUGGCCCAGUCGAGGAUCACGUUUCCCGAGAAGGAGCUGCUGCUCCUCAUUCGGAACCAUCUCAUCUCUAAGGGCCUGGGCGAAACUGCAUCCAUCCUUACAAAGGAGACCGACCUGCCCAUGACCGCCGCGUCCAACUCCUCGUCUGCCUCCCCCCCCGUGGCGGCGGCUGCCUCCCCCGUGGCCCUGCCUCGCGCUCCCCGCAUAGCUAACGGCAUUUCGGCCCGCUUGAACAGCCACGCGUCUGUCGCUUCCACCGCCGCCUCUGUCCACGCUCAGGCGAGGCCGUCGGCAUCCCAGGGUCCGCUUGCCCUGCCGGGCCCUUCUUACGCCAGCAAUUCCCCGCUGAUCGGCAGGAUUAGCUUUGUCCGCGAGCGGCCGUCUCCCUGCAACGGCCGGAAAAUCCGAGUGCUGCGACAAAAAUCGGACCAUGGCGCCUACAGCCAGAGCCCAGCUAUCAAAAAGCAGCUGGACAGGCACCUUCCUUCCCCGCCCACGCUGGACAGUAUAAUCACAGAGUACCUUAGGGAGCAGCACGCCCGCUGCAAGAACCCUGUUGCUACCUGUCCCCCUUUCUCUCUCUUUACUCCCCACCAGUGUCCUGAGCCAAAACAGAGGCGCCAAGCGCCAACUAACUUUACCUCACGGCUGACCCGCAGGGCAGCCUUUCCGAAGUACGGAGGGGUGGAUGGUGGCUGCUUUGAUAGACACCUUAUCUUUAGCAGGUUCCGUCCAAUUUCUGUGUUUCGGGAAGCAAAUGAGGAUGAAAGUGGCUUUACUUGCUGCGCGUUUUCUGCACGGGAACGAUUUUUAAUGCUGGGUACUUGCACAGGGCAGCUGAAACUCUACAAUGUUUUCAGUGGACAGGAAGAGGCCAGUUACAAUUGCCAUAACUCUGCCAUCACGCACCUUGAGCCAUCCAGAGAUGGAUCUUUGUUGCUGACAUCCGCUACGUGGAGCCAACCUCUGUCUGCGUUGUGGGGAAUGAAGUCUGUCUUUGAUAUGAAGCAUUCCUUCCCUGAUGACCACUAUGUGGAGUUCAGCAAGCACUCUCAGGACAGAGUCAUUGGCACAAAAGGGGACAUUGCCCAUAUCUAUGAUAUUCAGACGGGCAACAAGCUAUUGACUCUGUUUAACCCAGAUCUCGCCAACAACUACAAGAAGAAUUGUGCCACCUUCAACCCCACUGAUGACCUCGUCCUAAAUGACGGUGUCCUCUGGGAUGUCAGAUCGGCACAAGCCAUACACAAAUUUGACAAAUUCAACAUGACCAUCAGUGGUGUUUUCCAUCCCAAUGGGCUAGAGGUCAUAGUCAACACUGAAAUUUGGGACCUCCGAACUUUCCAUUUGCUACACACGGUACCUGCACUGGAUCAGUGUCGCGUGGUCUUCAACUAUACUGGCACAGUUAUGUAUGGAGCUAUGUUGCAGGCAGAUGAUGAAGAUGACCUUCUGGAGGAGAGAAUGAGAAGUCCCUUUGGCUCUUCUUUCAGGACAUUCAAUGCAACUGAUUAUAAACCGAUAGCUACCAUAGAUGUAAAACGGAAUAUCUUUGACUUGUGCACGGACAGCAAGGAUUGCUAUCUGGCUGUUAUUGAGAAUCAAGGGAGCAUGGAUGCCAUGAACAUGGAUACAGUUUGCAGACUAUAUGAAGUGGGCAGACAGCGCUUGGCAGAAGAUGAAGAAGACGAAGAGGAAGAUCAGGAGGAGGAAGAGCAAGAGGAGGAGGAUGAUGACGAAGAUGAUGAUGACACAGAUGACCUCGAUGAGCUGGAUACAGACCAGCUGCUGGAAGCUGAGCUGGAGGAGGAUGAGAACAACGAGAACGCUGGUGAGGACGGAGAAAACGAUUUCUCUCCCUCUGAUGAUGAGGAACUGGCCAACCUUCUGGAAGAGGGAGAUGAGGGUGAAGAUGAAGAUUCUGAUGCUGAUGAGGAAGUCGAGCUGAUUCUUGGAGACACCGACAGCUCGGACAACUCGGACCUGGAGGACGACAUCAUCCUGUCGCUGAACGAGUGAGGAGCGGCGGCCGCGCGGUGG